AUGAGUUCAAGUACACCCCCUCCACCAGUACUGACUGAAGACAUAGGCAGCGCUGAUAACAAUGUGAAGAUUAACGAUAAUGAGGGGAGCACAACAAGUCUGAAUAGUAAUAAUAAUAAUAAUAUUCCUAAAAUCCAUCCAUUGGCAAUAAGUCCAGAUAAACAAAGAAAAACUACUAAAUUUGUGUUAAGCAAAUAUACUAUCUAUCAAACUAAAGAAAGAAUGUACAUUGUUGGUUCAAAUAAGAGGGAAACAAUGUUUCGAAUACUGGAAAUUGACUUAACUGUACCGCAAGAUGAACUAAGCUUACUCGAAGACAAUGUCUUUUUUACUAGAAGUGAAAUUAUGGAGGUUCUAUCUGGACUCGAAGAGGCAAGCGAAGAAGGAUUGCGUAAAAUACUAACCUGCUAUGGUUUGUUAGGGUUCAUAAAGUUCACCGGCUGCUACUAUCUGCUCGUAGUUACCAAAUAUAGCCAGGUAGCCGUUAUUGGAGGGCACUCGUGCUAUCAUAUCGAUGGAACAGAUUUGGUUCCUUUAUCUAACAAUUAUAAAGUGCCAGAUAAAUAUUCGAUUGAAGCGAAACUGAUGUUAACCUGCCAAAAUUUGGAUCUUUCGAAGACGUUUUACUUCAGUUACACUUAUGAUCUAACAAAUAACUUACAAACCAAUAUAUUAAGAGAGAAGCUAAAAGCAGUGGGAAAGGAUGAUAUUUCAAUUCCGAUUGGUAUUCCAAAUUAUAACGAAAUGUACAUAUGGAAUAAUUAUUUAUUAGAGCCAAUUUUCAAAUGUUUUAACGCCGUUUAUGACUGGUUUCAGUGCAUUAUACAUGGCUUUAUUGAUCAAGUUAAUGUGUCAGUGAUGAGUAAGAGUGUUUACAUUACUUUAAUUGCAAGAAGGUCUCAUCAUUUUGCUGGAGCACGUUUCCUGAAAAGAGGUGUAAAUAAUCAAGGUUUUGUGGCUAAUGAAGUGGAAACAGAACAAAUCGUCUCUGAUAUGAUCCUUACCUCUUUUCACAAACCAGGAAACGGUUACUUUGAUAAUGAUUGUUACACUUCUUUUGUUCAACACAGAGGGUCAAUUCCCUUAUACUGGACCCAAGAGGCUUCAAACUUGACUGGGAAACCACCAAUCGAAAUUAAUGUGAGAGACCCUUAUUUUGCACCAGCAGCGCUACAUUUUGAUAAGUUAUUUCAAAGAUAUGGUGGUGGUAAUAUUCAAGUCUUGAAUCUUAUAAAAACAAAAGAAAAGAAGCCAAGAGAGACAAAACUGCUGAAAGAAUUCGAGCAAUGCAUAGCUUAUUUGAACAAAUUUCUACCCGUCAAUAUGCAAAUAGAAUAUAUUUCAUGGGAUAUGAGCAAGGCUUCUAAGCAAGAUGAUCAUGGUCAGGGAGUAAUAGAGUUUUUAGAGAAAUAUGCGUUAGAUUCAGUAACAAAAACUGGUAUUUUUCAUAAUGGGGCGAAUUUUAAGACGACAAAGAUUCAGGAAGGUAUUUGUAGAAGCAAUUGUAUUGAUUGUUUAGAUAGGACAAAUGCUGCACAAUUUGUCAUAGGCAAAAGAGCUUUGGGUAUGCAACUCAAGGAGUUGAGCAUUAUCGAUGACAGCUUUUUAGAAUAUGAUUCAGAUAUCGUAAAUAUACUCACGGAAUUAUUUCAUGAUUUAGGUGAUACAAUCGCUUUGCAAUAUAGUGGCUCGCAUUUAGUAAACACAAUGGCGACAUAUAGAAAGAUUAAUCAGUGGAGUUCUCAUUCAAGAGAUAUGAUUGAAAGUAUUAAAAGAUUUUAUAGUAAUUCAUUCAUGGACGCUCAACGACAAGAUGCUAUCAAUCUGUUUUUGGGUCAUUAUAUUUGGCAGGAAGGUUCCCCCUCUUUAUGGGAAAUGAAUACAGAUUUUUAUCUUCAUAAUGAUUAUCCUGAAGAUAGACCCAAAAGGAGUUAUACACAUUGGUGGAAUGAUUACCACAUAAAAAACCUCAAAAAGCUGAUGAAAGAAGAAAUAGUCGAUAAAUCAAAUGACGUAACUCUCAGAAGUACUAUAGAGAAUGUUAAGGGUUACCCUGGUGCCUUUGACAAUUAUUGGAAUGAGUACUAUGUGCCAAGAAGUUUGACUUGGUUUCAAGACUUAUUUGCAUACAACAUGAAUUCGACGAGAAGGUAUCACGGAAAUAAGAAACGGGGAGAAGAAUCAUCAAUUUUCAAGGCUAGAAAGCCAAGUUGGUUGAACAAAAAACUGAAAUCAAUAUUAAAGGAAUAUGAAUACGGACAGUCGACUACAGGAAAGGCCAACAAUGCAGACAGAGAUAUGAAGCCUACAAAAUUAUCCCUGAAUGAUGAACUACUAUUGAGCACAUCUCUGCUUGAAAAAUUUACAAACUCAAGAUCAAUCUUAUCUGAUAAAAUGGGUUUGGUCUCAAAUAACUGCUUUCCUAUCUUUUCAGAACAAGGGUCUUUCAGUGAUUUAGAUUUCCCAAACACAUCAUGCAUGGAAUACCUAGAAAACGAUACAGCUAUACAUGGCAAACCAUGCUUACUUGAUGACCCAGAUACCGUGAUAAGAGGUAAUGUAUCAUCCAGAAACUAUUUUAACGGUGCAUCUCCCGACACGGAUUUUUAUGCAAAGCUUGAAAGUGACCUCACCACACCAUUAGAUAACUAUAAUAAAUAUUUUGAUAUGUCUCCAGAGGUAAAUGAUGCUGAUAUGAAGCUUUAUAACGAUAGCAUGGAGAAGGUGUCCAACAGUCUGGUAUUCCUAUGA